AUGGGUAAAUUGGAAAGCCUAAAAAUAAUACUGACAAACAACAAAUCAGUUUUCUGUCCUGGUGAUAUGAUAACAGGAAAAUGUGUCCUUGCAUUAAAAAAUAAAAUUAAUUUGAAAACGAUGUUCAUAUGCAUGGUAGGUGCAGCUCGUGUUGAAUGGACGGAAGCUACAGGGACUGGUGAAUUUGAGACCGUUCAAUUUUAUAAAUCAGAGGUCGUAUACAUUUCGGUGAAACAGAUUCUUUAUGGGAACGCCGAACGUUCAGUGUUGGGUGCCGGUACGCAUGAAUUUGCAUUCUAUUUUGCAUUACCAAAUGGGUUGGCCCAGGCCACAACCCUUGGAUAUGUCGGACUCGAAAAAUUCCUAUACCGACUAAAAACCUUCUCGACAUCUGGCCCCUGUUUCCCCGUUGACCCGCCAAGCACUCCAGACGGGAAGUUAUGUCGGCACGGAGGUAAAGUGAAAGGACAGGAAUGCUCGGGGUUCCGGAAAAAAGUUGAUCCAUCGGGCGCGAGGGCUGCUUCGCCUCUCGGUGCCGCACCCGACCCCAAGCCCGGGUUGCCCACACGGUCGUCGGCCGCAUCAGUCUCCGGUGAUCCUCUCGACCUGGAUUACUCUGGUGUUUUUGACAAGCUGACGGCCGUGCUGAAAUGUGUACCGGUGUACGACCAUAUCCCUAAGCCAUGCAGGGAGAAGUUCGCACAUGAUCUGAACGCCUUGCUGACGGCUGUUUGUAAUGACCCUGGUGACCCGGCUCACUGGGUUAGACUCCACUGUUUUGUCCCAUACGUCUUACAGAAGACUUCCAGAGAGGGUCGCCGGGUCAACCAGGGCCAUCUGGUCAACAAGCGUCUUGAAACCCUGGUACUGUGCUUGAUGGGUCCAAUAAUGCCAAAUCACAAAAGCACAACCCCGAUCGGUGGAUCAACGCUGUGUCAUCUUGUAUUGAACAGGGAAACCUGUCCUCGGCUGCUGGUCUUUCCCGCAUUGACACCAACGGCUGGUUGCGUUUCUCCUGCCGAGGUGCUGAGGGCCGUUAAAUCGUUCAAAAACGGUUCUUCUGGAUGGCCUACGACCCCAACACCUUAA